AUGUUGCGCUCGACGAUAGGUUUUUCGCGGGUUUGGUCGUUUGAUUCUAUGAUCAUUUCUUUAAUAGUUUGCCCGUAAGGUACUUCAAAAUGCACGGACAAUCUCCACCACGCACUCCUUGCUUGGCACAAAAAUGACUGUGCGAGAUGCCUUGAACAGCGCAAUGAAGGAGGAGUUAGAGCGCGAUAAGUCGGUGUUUAUUCUUGGCGAAGAAGUUGCUCAGUAUGACGGCGCGUACAAAGUAGUUGAUUUCCCUCGUCAACAUGUUUAGGUCACGAAAAAUCUAUGGAAAACUUUUGGCGACGACCGCGUCAUCGAUACACCAAUUACAGAGGUAAUGCAGCGCCGGCACUUCAUCGAUUUUCUAGAUGGGAUUUGCCGGUAUCGCCGUUGGCGCCGCAAUGGCUGGCGCGAAACCCAUCUGUGAAUUCAUGACCUUUAAUUUCGCCAUGCAGGCAAUUGAUCAAGUCAUCAAUUCCGCCGCCAAGACCCACUAUAUGUCGGCCGGAAAGGCAAGUCCUGCCUCUUUUAAUUCUGUCGGAUUUUUUGAGGAAACCCCUAUUUAAAUGUUCGUGCCUUGGUUCUAGUACCAGAAAUGGAAACAGUUCAUGCUUAGGGAUGCAGUCGUGCCUGAGUCUAACUUAACCGACUCGCCGUUUGCACUGGCCGCGGAAACUCAUAACAGUAGUCGUAUCUGUCAUAACUACGGUCUUGUCGGCCUAACGGGUGCCGGGGAUGAUUCUGUCCCACCGCCGCAUGCGUAUCGUUGUUUCGACUCCGCUUCUUGCAGGCGUUUAAGUAGAUGGCUUGGAGUGAUGCCAUCGUCCGAAGUUACGCUUACAACUGCAUUCCCAAUAACAAUUCUGUCUAGAUUCGGCUUAUGUAAGCUCCGUCAGUCACUGAUGCUGAAUUUUUUGGAGAUUUUCAAAACAUGGCGAGUCACACCGGGAUUAAAUUCGCUUACUGCACUCGCAUAUUGCUUAGGACACACCUGUACUCGGAAGUCCUCACGAUAGCAAAAAACGGAGGCUAGUUAUGUCCGAACUUAUUCAUCACACAAGCAUAAUUCGCGUAGUAUUCUUGUAUAUCACUGGUCCGAACGUCAUCAGCACCAGGCGUACUCGGAGAAGCAUAGCCACCGCUACUCCGAACUUAUUUUGUCCAACCGACCACCUCCUCUAUGCAGCAGUUGCGGUUUCCCCCAUAUGCCGUCCACGCUUGAAUACUUCGCAGAGGCGCCCCAGAGGAAAAGUAGCAACUUUUCAUCAAAGACGUGUAGGGUCCGUUUCCCGCCAUUGGUCGAUCGAAAAGCUGUUAUGAGAAGCAGAUCGUCCUUUACUCCCACCCCUUUUUCCCUCUGGUGCCCCAUUUAAAGCUUUUAUGAGACCUGUCCUUGAUUCUUUUGACCAUGCCUAGGUCACCAUCCCAAUCGUUUUUCGUGGACCAAAUGGUGCCGCUUCCGGUGUUGCUGCACAACACAGUCAGGAUUACGCCCCGUGGUAUGCAGCCUGUCCUGGGCUGAAAGUUCUUGCUCCGUACAGCAGCGAGGAUGCUCGAGGUCUGCUAAAAACAGCCAUCCGUGACCCCGACCCAGGUUCGUUUUUUGUCGAACUAUCUCUGACAGUCUGGUCCCAGUUGACAAUCAUCAGGUGCUUUUCUUCGAGAAGCCCUUCGGGUGAAAUGUGUUGUUUAUCUAUCUGCAGUUGUGGUGUUUCUGGUUCCACAUUGCAGUCCGUUCCCACAACUGGAAAAUUCUAAGUUGUUGCACAGUCCUCUCAUGCCAUUUCCUCAGUGGGGCUGGUCACCAUAAAAGGACUCUUCGAAUCAUGUCAGCAGACUAACAUACAGCUUUCACAACAGAUUCUCAAACCUUUCUUAAAAUCACCACAGAAUAACCGUCUUGCACACGUCAUUUUCAGGUGAUUGUGCGUGCAUCCACCUAGUUGCUCUGGUAUCGUAGUUUUAUGCAUUUGCGAUGCGUAAUAUAUGUACCGAUGGUCAUGACUAUCCAAAUGCUUUGAUGUUCAUAUCCAUUAAUUCGUCUUCAGUUUGACAAUGUUUGUUCUGAAAGACCGAUUUUUUGAGUGGCCAAAUUUUGUUUUUAGUUGUGCAUCUGGAGAACGAACUCAUGUAUGCCGUUUCCUUCGACGUAUCCGACGAGGCCAUGUGUCCCGAUUUCCUCAUCCCCAUAGGAAAAGCUAAGAUCGAGAGAGAGGGUAAGGUUCAGAUCUUUAAUUAUUUUUUAUGUUCGUUCUGAUACUAGGAAUUUAG